AUGGAAUCGCCAACCGUCUCUUCGUCCUCGCACGAACCCCACCGUCAUGAUAGCCUAAUAUCAUUUGCGCGACUCUCCCCAGAUCUAGAAAAUCCCGGCCAAUACUCCCUCCAGGCGGUGGUUACGCUGGUGUGGCCGUUCUCAAGCUCGAAUGGCGCUUUUAGUCUCCUACUUGCUGAACCCGAUUUUCGUCUGCGUAAGCAGAACGGCCAGGUGCGGGUGACAUUUCGGGGACUCUGCGCCGAGCAGGUGGCUCGAACUAAAGUCGGCAUCGGCGAUAAGGUAACCUUGAGCCUGCAGGGAGCACGAUGGACAGAGAAUGAAAGGCUUCAUUCGACGCCGGGAAAAUCACUGGAAUGGGAGUUGCAGUUUAUCAACCGCGUGAAGCUUGAGGCAGUUCGAAACGACAAUGUCCUUGCUGUGCUCGACGUCGAUUCUCCUCCACCGCCAGAGAUACACGCCGUGCCCACCACCCCCUCCGCCUCCGUACCCAAUAUUGACGGUUGGGCAAGCGAUUUACCAGUGACGGAGAAAUGGGAUACUCCUGCUUUCCUUCGCACAAAGAGGCUUUCGUCGGGCAGUCCACUACAAGCCGGUUUCAGCCCAUUCGUAGAGGAAGAUGGAUUUAUACCUGGCAAAGGCAGAAAAAGACCUAGAUUCAGCUUCCCCAGCAGUGGGUGGCGACUCGUGGACGAACCGGAUAUAGAUGAGCCCACCAACGAAGACAACUGGUUUGAAUCUGACGAAGAAGAGCUGCAAAGAGACGAUAAUGAUGUUCCGAUUUCUGGAGAACCCUUUCAGGAAGAUUUACGGGAUCUAGAUGAUUCAUCGCAUUUAUCACCUGUGGAUGCAUAUGAAACGGCUUCAGCUAGACCUCUGGAAACCUCAAGAGAACCUCAGUCUUUAGACCUGACACCGACACCAACACCGGCAGUACUUCCAGACAAACUCGAUACAAAGCCAAUAUCCAUCCAAAUACAGGAAUACGAUGAGGAAAUCCUCAGCAGCGAGUUGUUGUCCAAACACCCUCCGCUUCCCACCGAUACUCCCCGCCUUCAUCCUUUACCAUCCCACGGCCUCGCAACACCCUCACCAAUAACACACACACCUGAAAACUCUUUGGGAUAUUUCUUUCAAGCGCCUCCGCCGCCUCGAUCAUCUCAAUUUCUGGCUCCCACAACAGCCAACGACCACAAAAUCGACAACCUACCUACUUCCAGUUAUCCUUUUGGCGAUACUGUAUCGCCAGAUGUUUCGGGAACUACUCACUAUGAUGAUGAAGCUCCUAGAAGUGACGAGCCAGAUAUUGAAGCACGGUCUCAGUUUGAACAUUUCUCUGCAAGGAGUGGGUUCAAUUCCACAACCCAGGGCAAGCAUGAUACAGUUUUCCAGACACCAGCAGAAUUCACCAUUCCUCCAUUUAUUGCCGAGUCAAAUGGCCAUUUGACAACAGAAGCUGCGGGUUCUCUACUUAUAGAUCCUUCAAUAUCACAAUUGCAUGAAGACUACGCAUAUGAACAGCAAGAAACAUUCGAUCAUGGCAUGGAGAUGGACGAUGAGCACGCAGAAUCGUUAAAUGGCCAUUACGAAAAUGUAUUGGACAACGGCACUGAAGUAGAAGUCGAAUAUACUGACAACAUGGAUUUACCACGCCAAAGCCAACUCGUUUGGAGUGAUAGAGAUGCCGGGGAUUCAUCGCGUACAUUCCAAGAAAGGAUUGACGAGGAUAUAGACUCUGAAAAAGUAGAGGAAGAACGAUAUGCGCAGGUUUUGAACACAGACGAACACGAACCUGUAGAAAAUGGUGCCUAUAAUGUUCCAGCUGAAGAAUAUCAAAUGGUGUCAGAUGAUGCUUUGUCAGACGGUAUGGAAGAAGAAGAAUCCGGGAAUAACGAGCGAGAAGACGAGGCAGAAGAGGACGAUGAAGAGAUGUCAGAAGGCCUAGAAGACAAUAUCGUGUCUGAUUCAGAAUCCGACGAUGAAGUCUAUCACAAUCCACCUCAACCGUCAAACCCACGUCGGAAUGUCCACCCGGAAGUUAUUGUGCUAGACAGCGACAGCGAGGACGAGCCCCCGCGGCCAGAACGGCAGCCAUCACCUCAAUACGACGAUGUAUCCGACUAUGAGAGAAGUGAUGUUUCCGCACAAGCGCAUGAGUAUGCGGAAUAUACGUCGGUUGAAGAGUCAGACGAUGAGGUUGCUGAUCAAAAGGAAGUCAUAAGUGAAGCUAGCAGUGAAAAUGGCCAGAAUGAGGACUCUGACGAUGAGAAUCCAGUCGACGAAGUUGCAGAAAACAAGAUACCAGAGCAGGGGAGCUUAGUUGACGAUGAGUCGGUUCGAGCCGAGGAUGAGCAGCUUGGACUUCCUGCCCAGGAUGAAGAGGCCUUGGUUCAGGAAAAUGACACGGACUCACAUCGUUCCAGGAGCAAAGAACGAUACGAGGCUUCUCUAUAUUCGGAUCAAUCGAGCAUUCGCUCCAUGCCCAAGGAAAUCUCAUCGGGUUCUGAAAAUGAGUAUGCCCCAAGUCAUGGAUAUGCCAAAGACGAUGGUGUGUCGAGUGGUAGGAGUCCAUCUCCAGGUUUAACUCCACGACCGGUUAGUCCUAAUAGGACCAAAUUAACCCAUGAAACACAACCAUUGGCAACUAGAACACGGCCGUUGCCUACGCCACAGCCCACUCAGGAUGAAGAACAGUAUCCUGUGCCUAUUGGCCCUCCGACGGACACGCCAAAUGAAAACGAGGGCUCUACUGCUGGCGAAGUUUUAGAUGAGGGCCAAGAUACUGGCAAGGCUAGUCUCCAUCGGUGGACCGAUGGUUCUGGAGAUGAUGCCCAUUCACCAAAACCUGAUACCGGCGCACAAGUCCCUGAAAUUGGAGUAGAUGGCCAUUUUUUAGAGGGUGAUGCAGCACCAAACAACCGUGAUGACGACCAUGAUGAAGUCGUUCUAGUUGGGGGCCAUUCCACCCCGAAGAGCGUGGAAUCUGAAGCUUACGUUGAAGCAACAGAAGAGCCCCUCGAACACGAGCCAAGGACUCCUAGCCCCCAAAAUGACAAAGCAUCUCGUUAUCCGCUUGUGGAGCUCGGAAAUAGGCUGGAUACUGUCGUGAACAUUAUUGCAAUAGUCGUCGAGGUGUCUGCUGUGGGGCGUGCAAUGUCUGGUUCUCAGGAGUUCUAUUUAUGCUUGCGGAUUACCGAUGCGACUAUGGCUGGAACAACAGUAGCCGUCCAUAUAUUCAGUCCUGACAGAAUAUCCCUCCCCGUGGUGAGCGAGGGAGACGCGAUUGCGCUUCGAAAAUUCAAAGUCCAGAGUUUCGACCACUCUCCGGCCGCGCUUAGUGGUGACAGCAGCGCAUGGGCCGUAUUCCACGCUGAAGAAAACGAGGCUACCAUUGCUGGUCCACCAGUUGAGUUGAGCGGGGACGAGUAUGAAUAUGUUCAAGAACUCCGCAGUUGGUACCACAAGGGCGGGUCUGACAUGGCGGCUGAUCAUAUGCUGCAGGCUUUGAUCGGCCAUGAGCAAAAAGAGCAUUCACCGUCGAGUGUUGCCUCGAGUGAUGUCGGCAGUCUAGGAUCUGUACCAGCAGGAUCGUCAUCUCAGCGACGGCCACGGCGAAGGAAAAGCCACCGCCGCAUCACGAUCCACGAGCUGCGAGAUGGACGACGAUACACUGAGGCUGGGUCUCCAGGAGGCAAUGAUCCAUUAUCCAUCCAUGAACUGCGAGAUGGCACAGUGUACGCGCAUUCGUUUGACAGAGAUUAA